CCCGCCCCUCCCGGCCCGGCCUCCUCCCGCGCCACCUCCCCGCCCCUCGGCCGUCCAUCCAUGGGAGCCAACGCCCGCCCGGCCCGGUGCCAGCUGGCGGUGCCGCCUGGACCGAGGGCGCUGGCUCGGGCUCUGGGAAGGGCGACCCCCGCCCAGGUCCGUCCAAGCGGGCGCCACUCCACCUGCCCCGCCGCCUUGCUCGCCCGCCGCGUCCGCCGACCCCACGCAUACCCCGCCGGGGCUGGCCCGGCGCCCCGCGGUCCCUCCAGAGCCUGCGCGGAGGGUGACUGCAGGGACAUGAAGGUCGGCUGGCCAGGGGAGAGCCGCUGGCAGCUGGGCCCAGCUGCGGACGGGGGCCCGGGCCUGCGCCUGCCUGAGCUGGGGCCGGACGCCACGCUGCUGGACAUGGUGCUGCGGAGGAUGCCCCGGUCCCGGAGCUGCUCCUACCAGCUUCUGCUGGAGCACCGGCGGCCCAGCCGCAUCCAGGGCUUGCGCUGGACACCUCUCACCACCAGCGAGGAGUCCCUGGAUUUCAGCGAGAGCCUAGAGCAGGCCACGACGGAGCGUGUGCUCAGGGCUGGCAGGUACCUGCACCGACACCUUCUGGCCACCUACCCAAGCCUCAUCCGAGACCGAAAGCACCAUCUUAGGCUCCACCGGCAAUGCUGCUCCGGACGGGAGCUGGUGGAUGGGAUCCUGGCCCUUGGGCUUGGGGUCCAUUCCCGAAGCCAAGCAGUGGGCAUCUGCCAGGUGCUGCUGGAUGAAGGUGCCCUCUGCCAUGUGAAACACGACUGGACCUUCCAGGACCGAGAUGCCCAGUUCUACCGCUUCUUGGGGCCGGAGCCUGAGCCUGCAGGAGUUCACGAGCUGGAAGAGGAAUUAGUGGAGGCCAUGGCCCUGCUCUCGCAGCGGGGACCAGAUGCCCUGCUCACAGUGGCACUUCGGAAGCCCCCGGGACAGCGCGUGGAGGAGGAGCUGGACCUCAUCUUCGAGGAGCUGCUGCACAUCAAGGCUGUGGCCCACCUGUCUAACUCGGUGAAGCGGGAGUUGGCCUCAGUGCUGCUUUUCGAGCCCCACAGCAAGGCAGGGACUGUGUUGUUUAGCCAGGGGGACAAGGGCACCUCAUGGUACAUUAUCUGGAAGGGAUCUGUCAACGUGGUGACCCAUGGCAAGGGGCUGGUGACCACACUGCACGAGGGAGAUGACUUUGGACAGCUGGCCCUGAUGAAUGAUGCCCCCCGGGCGGCCACCAUCAUUCUUCGAGAAGAUAACUGUCAUUUCCUGCGUGUGGACAAGCAGGACUUCAACCGGAUCAUCAAGGACGUGGAGGCCAGGACCAUGCGGCUGGAAGAACACGGCAAGGUGGUGCUGGUGCUGGAGCGGACCUCGCAGGGCGCCGGCUCUUCGCGCCCCCCCACCCCGGGCAGGAGCCGGUACACGGUGAUGUCGGGCACCCCGGAGAAGAUCCUUGAGCUCCUGCUAGAGGCCAUGCGGCCAGACUCCAGCGCCCACGACCCGACAGAGACGUUCCUGGGGGACUUCCUCCUGACCCACAGCGUCUUCAUGCCCACUGCACAGCUCUGCGCUGCCCUGCUGCGCCACUUCCACAUGGAGUCGGCCGAGUCUGCAGGGGACAGCGAGCCUGAGCGCAGCUCGUACACCUGCAACCGCAGGCAGCAGACCCUCUGGCUGGUGGGCCAGUGGGUGGCCCUGUAUGGGCCCACGCUCCGCCGGGACCCCGUGGCCACCAGCUUCCUGCAGACACUCUCUGACCUGGUGAGCAAGGACACGUGGCUCAGCCAGCUGCUGAGGGAGCAGUGGCCCGAGAGGCGGCGGCACCACAGGUUGGAGAACGGCUGCGGGAGCACGUCUCCUCAGCUGAAGGCCCGGAACACGCCUGUGUGGCUCCCCAGCCAGGAUGAGCCUUUCCCAAGCAGCAGCUGUGCCAUCCGAGUGGGGGACAAAGUGCCCUACGACAUCUGCCGGCCCGACCACUCCGUGCUGACCCUGAAGCUGCCCGUGACAGCCUCUGUGAGGGAGGUGAUGGCGGCCCUGGCCCAGGAGGACGGCUGGACCAAGGGGCAGGUGCUGGUGAAGCUCACUUCUGCAGGCGAUGCCAUUGGCCUGCAGCCAGAGGCCCGCGGUGUGGCCACAUCCCUGGGGCUCAACGAGCGGCUCUUUGUUGUCAACCCGCAGGAAGUGCACAAGCUGACCCCACACCCUGAGCAGCUGGGGCCCACGGUGGGCUCUGCAGAGGGGCUGGACGCAGUGAGCGCCAAGGACCUGGCUGGGCAGCUGACCGAGCGAGACUGGGGCCUCUUCAAGUGCAUCCACCAGGUGGAGCUGAUCCACUACGUGCUGGACCCCCAGCACCUGCGCGAUGGCACCACGGCCAACCUGGAGCGCGUCCUGCGCCGUUUCAACGAGCUGCAGUACUGGGUGGCCACGGAGCUGUGUCUCUGCUCCGCACCCGGCCUGCGGGCCCAGCUGCUCCGGAAGUUCAUCAAACUUGCUGCCCACCUCAAGGAGCAGAAAAAUCUCAACUCCUUCUUUGCUGUCAUGUUUGGCCUCAGCAACUCGGCCAUCAGCCGGCUGGCCCGCACCUGGGAGCGGCUGCCCCAGAAAGUCCGGAAGCUAUACUCGGCCCUGGAGAGGCUGCUGGACCCCUCGUGGAAUCACCGUGUGUACCGACUUGCUCUCCGCAAGCUCUCCCCGCCCCUCAUCCCCUUCAUGCCCCUUCUCCUCAAAGACAUGACCUUCAUCCACGAGGGAAACCGCACGCUCGUGGACAGUCUCAUCAACUUUGAGAAGAUGCGAAUGAUGGCCAGAGCCGCACGGCUGCUGCACUACUGCCGGAGCCACAGCACCGCGCCCCUCUCCCCGCUGCGGAGCCGGGUUUCCCAUCUCCAUGAGGACAGCCAGGCGCUGAGGAUGUCCACAUGCUCGGAGCAGUCCCUGAGCACCCGGAGUCCAGCCAGCACCUGGGCUUACAUCCAGCAGCCGAAGGUCAUCGACAACCAGCGGGAGCUCUCCCGCCUCUCCCGGGAGCUGGAGCCCUGAGCAGCGGCUUGGCUGCCGCGGGCGCUUCCCACCGAGAUAGCCGGGGCAGGCCGGGCCGAGGGCCCUCCAGGCCGGCCGAGCUGGGCAGGGCUCUCCGCGGGUGCACUCGAGGCCCUGGAGCGGGCGGCGUGGAGGCGGCUGCGCUCCGUGACGGCUGUGGCAGAGCAGGACCUCAGGGCGGACCUGCGAGGGGGCGCGCGGCCAAGGAGCUGGGUGCGGCCCGGGGAGUGGGUGGGAGAGCGGGCGGGCGAGGACUCCUGCAAUAGAGCUCUCCUCCCGGCGUCUCCAGCGUGGUGUCCAGCUCUGUCCUCUUGUGCAGCUCUCCUUUGUUUUCCUGGUGGAGAGGCUGCAUAUGCCUGGCAUGUGUGCGGGGGCGGGAGCGCUGCUUUCCUUUGCGAGGCAUCCGAGAUAAACAGCUGGGUGUGGGCCGGGCUGUCUGGCCGGGUGGUCCCUGAGGAGCCCGAUUGUUCCCAGAAGUUAACAGGGCUGUGUGUGUUCUGAGGCCGGGCAGAGCCCC